GAGCUCUUUCCGGCUGCCGACCCCUUCGCAGGGUCGCGAUCACAUCCCGGAAGUUCCGCCCAACUUUCGAAGCCAGCUGGUUCACGAGAUAAGUCAUUAUGAAAUCGACAGAAAAUAUGAGACUCGUCAAUUACUCGGGCAAGGAUCUUACGGCUCUGUCCAUUUGGUCUGCGAGAGGACGACACAGCAGAAGAAGGCCUCCAAAUCCAUCGCAAGGCCCGAAGCAUGGGGGCGCGAGCGAUUCCGGAUGGAAGGAAUGGUCAUGCAGAAUGCAGAUCAUCCGUACAUCCUCAGACUUUUUGAAUGGUUCGAGAACGGCGAUCAGGCAACGCUGAUCUGCCAGUUCUGUGAGGGCGGCGAACUUUUGAGCGCCAUCCGCAAGGGCAGAGCAAGCGGUGCUGUCCUUGAGGAGUCGUGGGCGGCGUGUGCGCUGCGACAGCCUUUUCAGGCCCUCGUAUAUCUGCACAACAAGGGCAUUGUGCACAAAGACUUGAAAGUGGAAAACCUCUUGCUGCUGCGAAGCAUCGUGUCAGACGAUGGCCGGGCAUUUGGUCGGCCUCCUCAUGUUGUAGUUAGCGACUUCGGCACUGCCGAGAUUUGCAUGCGGGGUCUGUCGAGUCCCUUCGUUGCACGUGGCACAAAGGUUGCUGGAACACCGGCGACAAUGUCUCCAGAGUGCUUGCAGGGCAAUUGCAGUGCAAAGUCGGACAUAUGGAGCAUGGGAUGCGUGAUGUACGAGAUGUUUGCCAAUGUCUUGCCGUUCCAUUUGUCCGGAAGUAUGGCGGAUGCUGAUGCGCAUCAGGAUGCGUGGCUCCAGCUGCACAAGCAGGGCCCGAAGUGGGACAAGCUCCGAUGCAGCUCGUCUGCCAAAGACCUGUGCCAAAAGCUGCUGAGCUUCAGGGAAGUUGGUCGACCCAACGCAACCGACUGCCUUAAGCACUCCUGGCUAAAGCAGCAAAAGAGCAACUUGGGAAAAGAAGAGAAGACCUUCCUUCGUACGGCACUGACUCGUUGGGCAAGCACCAGUCAAUGCGGCAAAGCACUGUUCCUGAAGAUGGCUUCGACAUGCAGUUUUGUGGAUCGAUUCGCUCAGGCCUUCUGCAAGCUUGACUCCGACGACAAUGGUAUGCUGGAGAGGAAUGAGGUUUUCAGCGCAACACAGAUGCUCGGAAUUCAGAAAGAUGCGGCAAAGAAAUUGGUGAAUGCGCUUGAUCAGAAUUGUGAUGGCUCCAUACAGUACCUGGAAUUUUGCGCUGCAUGUCUCCUGGCCUCAACCGACGAGCUCUAUGCAUUGCUGUCCCAGGAAUUCCAAGCACUCUGCGCCGGGGAAAAAGGUUGCCCGCGGCAAGCACUGCAGAUCCUGCUGAAGGACCUGCGGCCUCUCGUUGCAGACUCAGGAGGAUACUUCCCCGAGGAGGUCAAAAAGGAGGGACGCUUGAGCUUCAAGGACUUCUGCCUCUUCUUUGGCCAGCAGGUUGAGGAGCCGGAAGAACCGGAAGGCAGUCAUCCCAUCUCCACAACGGAAAUGGAGAGCAUGCUCAAGGCAAAAGAGGAGGUGCCAUCACCUCGAAGUGCACAGAGCAGUCCAAGGGCAUUCAAGGCCCAGGCGGCCGGAGGGCAUACUCUGGGCGAGGGCGAGACGGGGUCCUUGAUACGAAGACGCCAGCAAGGCCACGAGAAGGCCAGCAGCAUGCCCAGCACACCAACAUCUCAAAGUGCUGCACUGCCGAUGCAAUCCGACUGCGAUGUGGAGUUCCGACCGGUUUCCAAACCAAAGGCUGGCCGCCCUUCAACACCGGUGGAAGGUGAUGCACGUCGCCGGGAGAAGAGUACUGCACCAGAAACGCCCACAUUGACUAUGCCCGGGUCCGACAUGAAGGCUAACGGUCCAAAAGCACUGGAGCAUUCAUCAGCAGCACAGGUCGGGCCGAGCCAAAUGCGGCCGCAGGGAUCGCCAGGGAGGAACAGCCGAAGUGCGAAGAACGACAGCAACGAAGCUUCUCCUCAGGCUACGCCGAGGCAGUCCGGCAGAGUGAGCCAAAAGCAGGAAAGAAGGGGUCCGCCGCAAGCUUCUCGAAGAAGUCACGUGCAUGAGCCCGCGAAAGAUGGAUCGGUGUUCCAGGCCAAUCCAUCGGCAAAAGAUCUGCACGCCUCUGACUUGGACGCUGUCCAAAGCGGUCGAACCGUGGAGAAGACGGCACCAGGAAAAGGCCGGAGGCCUUCCGACCAGGAGCUGAAGCCAGUCGGGUUGGUGCCUCCUGCACGGCAGGAAACAAUGAGUACUCAGAGCACUUUCGGAGGGAUGGAGUUUGAAACUUCGGCAGCAUCAUCCUCACAGGAGGAGGCCAUACCGCCAAGCUUCGACACGUCCGUGAGCCAGGCCGAUCCGACGGCGCACAUCGAGAAUAACAAAGAUGAUAAUGUUAUCCUCCCUGACCAUGUGGCGCAAAAUGCGCACGAGGAUACUGGCACUGCCUUCAACUUCGCUACUCCUGCCAAGGCAGUCAGUCGGGUGAUGGUCAGUCUUUAA